AUGUUAAGAAGAUAUUUAACCUCAAGAUACCUCUAAGUUCUAUCCUAGAGUAGACCUUUUACCACUCAUUCAAGUGGUUAAAAUCCCAAAUCACAGUCUCAGUAAUCUGAUUCUUCUCAUAAAAAAGACUAAAAAGGCUCGUAGAAUGUCUCAGAUUCAAGUCAGCAUUCUAAGAAUUAAUCUCAAGGUUCAGGCCAGAAUAUUUCAGGCUAGCAAUAGGCACAGUAGAAGCAGGGUUCCCAGUCGUCAGCUUCAACUUAGCAGUAAAAGAGCGGAUCCUCUAAUCAAGACUCUAAUCAAUCUUAAUCAUCCUCCUCUCAGAACCUGAACAAGAACAUGGGGCUAGAUCAAAAUCAGAGUCAGAGAUCUGGUCAAGACGCGGGAUCAGGAUCAAGUUCAAAUAUAAAGGAUAUGAAGAAUAAUCCUGACUUCGCUAAAAAAGAACAAGAUUCUACCUAGAAUUUACAGUAAAUUUAACUCAUUAACACUAAUUAAUUUUAUUUUAAUAGGCAAUAGAGAAGUGGUAAAGAUCAAGAUAAAUCAUCACAAUCAACACAGGCCCAGGCAUCUCAAUCAUAGUAAUAGAUGAGUGGUUCGCAAUAUGACCAGAAUAAUAAAGAUCAAGAUAAGUAUAAGUUUUCUGGCUAGUCCUAGAGUUCUUCGAGUGGCGCUGGAACAGAUUAAACUAAAAAGGACAUUUCUUCUCAGAACGUUCAAGAUUCAAAACAAAAAGACACAGGCAGAUCAGACCAGCAGUCAUCAUCUACUUAAUAGAAGUCAGGUAAGCUUGGAGAGUUCGGGGGCACUACAGGCUAUGGAGGAAGCUCAGGAUUCGGAGACGCAAAUGAAUUCUAACAAAAGACUAUGGAUUCUAGCAUGAAACAACCUGGUGUUUAACCAAUUGGAAAAGAUACUACAUCUCAGAAAUCUUAAUCAACUGGUACUACUUCUGGUUAGCAGGAGAAGAAUAAGAUCACAAUGGAUUAGUAAUUCAUAGAUUAGCUCUAGAAGAAGGAGAAACAAAAGCAGUCUGAGACUCAAAAAGAUUAUUACGAGACUAAGCAUAAAGAAUAGGUCGCGGGUCAAUCUUAGCAGAAAUCAACUACAACUGGAUCUCAAUCUGGCAAACCAUAAAAAUGA